AUGAAUCCUAAAAAAAAUAAAAGAAAUUUAUGGAAAAAAAGUGUUGAUAAUGAUAAAUAUCAGUUACAUGUUACAAUUUCUACUAUUGGUUCAACUACUGAAUCAGCAGAAGAGAUAGUUUAUAUGGAAGAUUUAGAAAAAAGAAAACAAGUAUAUGGAAUAUGUGGAGAAUGUAAUGAACCUGGUACAGGAUGGUGUUGGUGUCAACCUUGUAAUGCUAAAAGAUUUAAGGAUAACUUUAAAAAUUGGACUA